CCUCCUCCCCCUCUGUUUGUUUCCCCCCUUGCACAGCCUCCCGUUUCCCACAAUGCUCAGCGAGCAUCACCACCAAGAUGGCCGACGCUAUGGAGGAGUAUGAGAAAGAAGCUGGCUGCGUCCCGAUCCUCCAUCCCGAGGAAAUCAAACCCCAGAGUCAUUACAACCAUGGCUACAGUGAGACUGUUAGUCGUAAGAACCACGUGGAUGACUACAGCACCUGGGACAUCGUCAAAGCCACACAGUACGGCAUCUUCGAGCGCUGCAGGGAGUUGGUGGAGGCGGGCUUCGAUGUUCGGCAGCCAGACAAAGAAAACGUAACACUCCUCCACUGGGCCGCCAUCAACAACAGGAUAGACUUGGUCAAGUACUACAUAUCAAAGGGAGCCAUAGUGGACCAGCUGGGAGGAGACCUCAACUCCACACCUCUGCACUGGGCGACCAGACAAGGCCAUCUAUCCAUGGUGGUGCAGCUCAUGAAAUACGGCGCAGACCCGUCUUUGAUCGACGGCGAGGGCUGCAGCUGCGUCCACCUGGCCGCCCAGUUCGGCCACACCUCCAUCGUGGCCUACCUUAUCGCCAAAGGACAGGAUGUGGACAUGAUGGAUCAGAACGGCAUGACUCCUCUGAUGUGGGCGGCGUACAGAACACACAGUGUGGAUCCUACUCGGCUGCUACUGACCUUUAACGUCUCUGUCAACCUGGGCGACAAAUAUCACAAGAACACAGCGCUGCACUGGGCCGUGCUGGCUGGCAACACCACCGUCAUCAGCCUGCUGCUGGACGCCAACGCUAACGUCGACGCACAGAACAUCAAGGGCGAAACACCGCUAGAUCUCGCCAAGCAGAGGAAGAACGUUUGGAUGAUCAAUCACUUACAGGAAGCGCGGCAGGCCAAAGGCUACGACAGCCCGUCCUACCUGAAGAGACUGAAGAUGGACAAGGAGUUCAGGCAGAAGGUGAUGCUGGGAACACCCUUCCUGGUCAUCUGGUUGGUUGGUUUCAUCGCUGACCUGGACAUUGACUCCUGGCUCAUCAAGGGCCUCAUGUACGCCGGUGUCUGGGUCACCGUCCAGUUCCUGUCCAAGGCCUUCUUCGACCACUCCAUGCACAGCGCUCUCCCUCUGGGAAUCUACCUGGCCACCAAGUUCUGGAUGUACGCCACCUGGUUCUACUGGUUCUGGAACGAUCUCCCCUUUGCCACCGUGCACGUGCCCUUCCUGAUAAACACUCUGGCUCUGUUCUACAACUUUGGCAAAUCCUGGAAGUCUGACCCGGGAAUCAUCAAAGCGUCAGAGGAGCAGAAGAAAAAGACAAUUGUGGAGCUCGCAGAGACAGGCAGCCUGGACCUGAGCAUAUUCUGCAGCACCUGCUUGAUACGGAAGCCCAUCAGGUCCAAACACUGCGCCGUAUGCAACCGCUGCAUCGCCAAGUUCGACCACCACUGUCCCUGGGUCGGGAACUGUGUCGGAAGUGGGAAUCAUCGCUACUUCAUGGGCUAUCUGUUCUUCCUGCUCUGCAUGAUCUGCUGGAUGAUGUACGGCUGCAUUUCCUACUGGAGGAUCCACUGUGCCACCACGUACGCCAAGGAUGGUUUCUGGCUCUACCUGACCCAGAUCGCCUCCUGCUCUCCCUGGAUGUUCUGGAUGUUCCUCAACAGCGUCUUCCACUUCAUGUGGGUGGCGGUGCUCAUCAUGUGUCAACUCUACCAGAUCGCGGCUUUAGGAAUCACCACCAACGAGAGGAUGAACGCUCGGAGAUACAAGCACUUUAAGGUCACGGCCACGUCCAUCGAAAGCCCCUUCAACCACGGCUGCUUCAGAAACCUCAUAGAUUUCUUCGAGAUCCGCUGCUGCGGCCUGAUCCGACCCGUCACGGUGGACUGGACCACGCAGUACACAAUAGAAUAUGACCAGACGUCUGGCUCAGGCUACCAGCUGGUGUAGAGGAGGAAGAGGAGUGAAGCCCCACCCCCCCCAACCAUCCUUCAUCCCCUUCCUUUGCCUCGCCCCUCCACUCCCAGGCGUUCAUAUUGGAGCGAUGCUGUUCUCGGGAGCGCUUGCUUUUUUUCUUCUUUUUUUUUUUGUUUUUUUUUCUUUUUGGACCAUCUGUCAUCACACCGAUCAAAAGACAUGGAAAAAAAAAAUCAGCCAGGACUAGCAUGCUGUUACGGGGAAACACCACACCAACAACCCCCGCCCUGCUCCCUCCGCCCUCUGCCGCCCCCCUUUUCCCACUACCACCUCCACCACCUUUACUACUAUUACUACUACUACUACUAUUCUACAACAUCAGACUUCAUUACUGUACCUCCACUGCUAUCAAACCCCUCCACCUCGUCUCUUCUCACGAGCCAUUUGGACGGUGUGUUGCUGCCAGGCACAAAACGGAGAGGACGAGAGGAAUUACAAAAUAAAAGCUCUUCUGUACCGGAGGCGAGGUGACGCUGGCUGCAGAGACAGCAGCGCCAUAACGUGGCAGUGUGGUUCUUUCCCCUUUCCCACUUUAUAUCCUUAUUUAUGGUGUCCCUGUUGAUGUACCCUCUAUGUAUGUAUCUAUGAAUUUUUAAAUUUUUUUUUUUGAUUGGUUCGGGAACUCUGCUGUUCCCGUGAUAACUAACUGUGGUGGCCAGGGAAGUUGAAGGAAAGUUUUUUUUUUUGUUUGUUUGUUUGUUUGUUUUUAAACCACAAAUUAGUUUCCAAGUAUGACAGAGAUAAGGGAAUGUCUUUUUAAGGUUUGAUUUUGCACCUGAGCUGAUGAGGAUUUGCCAACGUAGUUGAACUUAUCAGAGGAGUGAAGUGUCGGAGCCGCCGGAGGAGACCAAAUUCUCACCUGCUCAAAUAAAAGCUGCAGUGUUUUUUGGAGAAUAAUAACCAGAAAGCGGUCGUCGUGCAGUAUUAACGCAGGACCAAGCACGCAAAUUUGUCCUCCUCCCGCGUCUCUCGACCGCCAUAGACGCGACAGAAAUGAUCCUACAGACAAUGUGAUACAGGUAUAUUUAUUUUAAAACUAUUUAUAGAUAAAGUAACUAUGUGCUAGCGCCAUCAUUUUUACAUUUCACAUCAUUUUAGCUGAGUAGGUUUUUACGAGGAAAAAGUGAUGAAACAAGUACCUGUAGCUGUUUGACAUGGAAGCCCGGGAACUUUACCACAGAACUCUCUCCAGACGGGAGCAGCGAGCGUAUUUAUUCAUGUGCGGCAGAAGGACGGAGAGUUUACGAGAAAGGUUCAUUCCAUGUGUGUUGAUAUCAAAAAGCUGUAAAGUCUUAUUUGUUUUGUUUGUCUGCCUACAACAUUGCACUGAUCUUUUUUUUUUUUUUAGUGAUUUUUUUUUUUUUUUUAUUUUAUUUUGGCCGUUACUGAACACAAGGGCCCAGCAGCGCCGCUUCACACCGACGCUUCCAUUGUUUACAGAGAAGAGGAGGAGAAGGGGCCCCCAUCAGACAUGGCCGACUCCGAUCACGUCCUGUCUGAACCCCCCCCCCCCCCCAACAACCCCCCAAUGCAGUCGGCUCCGCAGCAGCAGCAGGAUGGACUGAAGUGUAAAGAAUGUGCAUCUGUACAUAAACAGUAUCUUCUCUGUAACGUUCUUUUCUUUUCGUCAGUGUUAGUCGAAGGUGCUCCUGGAAACUUAGAUUUUUUUUUUACAUUUUUUGUUUUUGUUUUUGGGGGAUUUCUUCCAACCAAACUGGAAAGAAGAAAAUCAAGUGACUAUACUCCAAGUGUAUGACUGUAGCUUUUAGUGCUGUCCGACACUGCUGUCUAUAGGCAUUUUAACCUCUCCAUACCUACCCCGUACCCGGCCUCGCCAAGAAACUCCACUGCAUGUACGAUGCUUGGGACAGCUGGGCUCUCGCCGUCCCAGCCACCCACCCACCCUCCUCCCCUCCCAUCGUCAUCACCAUGGUGACAGCCCAGCAAAGCCACGUGUCUGUAUAUAGUGAAUGUUAAGUAUUUGCAAGUACUUUUCUGCAUUGCGUUCAUUUGUCUGGUUUCUUUCUCCGUCGUCGGUUCGUUUCUCUCAGAUCCAGUGUGUGUUUAGUGGAACUUUUUUCUUUCAGGUGGCCGGAUCUCCAGCCAGGCCCUCCUGUGCAAGUGUGUAAUAUAUUUGAAUGUUCCAUGCUUGUGGACUCUGUAGUCACCCUGAAGGUUUUUUUUUUUUGUUUGUUUUUUAAUUUCUAUGUCAUAUACCGCUGGGUUUGUUAUACCACUGGAUGUACAAAUUGUAAAGCAAAGACACUAGAGAACUAAGGCAGACGCCAAAUUUUUUUUUUUUUUUUUGGUUUUCUAAAAGCUGAAAUGUGAUCAUGCAAUAGUUUUAAGGAUAGAGGGAGGUUAUAUUCCAUUAAGGCCUCCGAAACUUUUGGGCCUCAUGUUUGCAUCAUCAGAAGAGGACGGUUAUGUCAUCAUUCCACAUCUCACUUCCCGCAUCUUCAUUAACCUACUGAUGUCACUUCUGCCCUACAAAGACGACACACAACAGCUACCUUUUUGUUUUGUUUCUUAAUUAUGUGUUCUUUAAAGGUGAAAAGGUCACAUGACUUGGCUGUAGAUUUCAUAUCAGUACCCCUAACUAACCACUUGUGUCCUAAUAAUGCCUUUCAGAGUGACAGGAGGUCAACUUGAGUGAGUGUUUUUGUUUUUUUAGGGCAGAGUUCAGCUCAUCCAGGACAUGAAUUCAAAGCCAUCUCAGUCCUCACUAGUUCUUCCAGCAGCCUAACACAUCUCUGUUCUGUCUCCCCUCUCACCUCCCCAUAUGGAAUUAUAAAAUUAAAAAAAAAAAGCACAUAAUCAUUUCCAGUGCCUCUCUGCCCACCUUCAGACAUCACUGUAACUCCGCUUCAGAUGUAAACAUAUGGGCAUGGUUCAGUUUUAAUGGCUUUAAUAAUAAAAUACAGUCAAAUGU